AUGACGCCACAACGGGGCCCUGACGCCGUAAGCUGGGCGAUGGACGAUGACCUGGAGCGCGCUGCGCGAAAGCAUCGCCUGCAACAGCGCCAUGGGGCGAUUCGAGUCGGAGUCUCAGAGCGGACAACGGAGAUUAACAGUGGCACGAAGGCAGGAGAAAGUGAGGAUGAAAAGGCACAGCAGAGGCAGCGGCUGCAGGAGGAGCAGAAGAAGGCUGCUUUGGACGUCUCUCCUGCGAAUGCAGAUGCCAUGCCUUCCUCGAGCAGCAGACCGGCCACGGCCGAGCAGGCUCAGGUGCCGGAGAAGGCUGUUUGCGCCAUUCACUUCCACGUGCGGCUG